UACACGUUAUCGCGUUUCUGACCGUUUCUCAGAAAUAACGCCUCUUUCCAAUUAGCUCGGCAAAACCGCUCACCUCUUGCGAAGCCACUCCGGCCAUAACAAUAACCCAGAUCUGCUGACGGACUGUUCUCUGGGCGUGUUUUCUUUCUGACUCCCCGAACCUCCCGCGCCCCGGGGUGGCCGACCCAGUCUGCGACUCCGCGCAGCCAUCGCAGAGGCCCUGGGUGAGCCCCGCCAAGCACCGCGCCCCGCAGCGCGUCCCCUGCCCCGCCUCUGCUGAGACCCUCGCGCUGCGCGGGGCUGCCCCGAAGCCUCGGGGCGGGCGGAGAGCCCGGGCGGCCAGUGCAGCCGCGCCCGCUCGUCACCUGGCGGAGCCGGCUCCGGACACGGUACGAAACACGGAGAUCUCCCUCACGCUGGUUUUCCUCCGACACCGCAGUAUGAAUUACCGCUGCUUGUAAUCGCCGAUCGCCGCGGGAAACAACGCGCAGAUUUACUUUGUUGACUCCUACCGCUGUAUUUCCAGAGAGAAAAGGCGCAUAGGAAGGGACUUGUUCCAUAGAAAUCUAACCUGCAGCCCUUCUUGGAGCGCGCACCAACCUCAUUAAUUAUCUCGUUGAAGGCGCAGGAAAAGCAAAGACGAUCAACAGCCCUGACGCUGCUCCCGGCCGUGCCCGAUCCGCCGCGCCCGAGUUCACCACGGGCUCUCAUCACGGUGGCCCGGCCCCGCCACAACGCAGCCCUCGGAGCCCCCCGCCAGGCGCUGAGAGCAGAGACCGGCGCGGGGUCCCCGGAGCCGGCUCGCCGCCCGCCGGGGGCUGGUAUGUGGUAGGGCAGGGCCAUGUAUUGGAAGAGUGACCCGAUGUUCGUCUGCAGGCUGGAGGACAAGGACUUGCCCGCGCUUGGGGGCCCGGCCGAGAAGGCCAGCCCCACAACAGCUGACGAGGACUCCUGCUCUUCCUCCGCUGCCCUGUCGCCCUCCUCAUCGCCGCGGUCCAUGGCCUCAGGCUCGGGCUGCGCCCCCGGCAAGUGCGUUUGCAGCAGCUGCGGCCUGGAGAUUGUGGACAAGUACCUGCUCAAGGUAAAUGACCUCUGCUGGCAUGUGCGCUGCCUCUCAUGCAGCGUUUGCAGAACGUCCCUGGGAAGGCACACCAGCUGCUACAUCAAAGAUAAAGAUAUCUUCUGCAAACUUGAUUAUUUCAGGCGCUACGGCACCCGCUGCUCCCGCUGCGGGCGGCACAUCCACUCCACCGACUGGGUGCGGCGGGCUAAAGGGAACGUGUACCACCUGGCCUGCUUCGCCUGCUUCUCCUGCAAGAGACAGCUCUCCACUGGAGAGGAGUUUGCUUUGGUCGAGGAGAAAGUCCUUUGCAGAGUCCAUUACGACUGCAUGUUGGACAAUUUGAAAAGAGAAGUUGAAAAUGGAAAUGGGAUUAGUGUUGAAGGAGCAUUACUAACGGAACAAGAUGUUAAUCAUCCAAAACCAGCAAAAAGAGCUCGGACUAGCUUCACAGCAGAUCAACUCCAGGUUAUGCAAGCACAGUUUGCUCAGGACAACAAUCCAGAUGCACAAACACUUCAGAAACUGGCUGAAAGAACAGGCUUGAGUAGGCGGGUUAUACAGGUGUGGUUUCAGAAUUGCAGAGCACGCCAUAAGAAACAUGUUAGUCCUAAUCAUUCAUCUACUGCUCCUGUCACAGCAGUUCAGCCCUCCAGGUUGUCUCCACCCAUGUUAGAAGAAAUGGCAUACUCUGCAUAUGUACCCCAGGAUGGGACUAUGCUCACUGCUCUGCACAGCUACAUGGAUGCUCAUUCACCUACAGCUCUUGGACUUCAGCCUUUGCUACCCCAUUCAAUGACACAACUGCCACUAAGUCACACCUAAUUCCUUUCCAUCAGGGAUCUAAACUAUUAAAGAUGUAACCUUAAGUCAUAGUGUAUUGAAAAUAUCAUUGGAAAGAUAUUAAUGUUAAGUUUUUAUUUAACACCCCAAGCAUUUUCAAGAAAUUUUUUGCCCAGGUAUGUACGUCUAUUUAGCCUGCAAGACACUUUUAUGGAUUCUGCAUAAGUAACUAUUACAUUGUUUACAAGCCUUAUUAAACACCUUUUUGUAUUGUCUGGAAGUAGUCUGCUCUAGUUAUGUGUGUGUUAAUUUAUUUGUCAUCAAAAGAGCACUUUGCCUAAAAGAAAGGACUGACAAUUGUGCAAAAUGUUUACAAUUCUUUGUGAAAUUGUAGUUUAUCAUUAGUUUGUAUUUGUAAGUUAUUGGUAAAAGUACUACCUGUAUUUGAGUUGUAUACAGCCUAUAUGUUAAAGCUUAUUUCUGUGAGUUUACAAAAAUAAAUUUUAGUUGCAAAUAUUUUCAAAAAGAACUGAAUAAAGUUUCUGCUGUAGCAUGCCAAGCAAAAA